AUGCCUUCAUUAAAAGCCUAUACGCCUUAUGAGACACUCGCAUUUUGCCAGUCUGUCGUCCAUCAUGGUUCUAAUAGCGCUGCCUUUGAGGGCAUCUCGACCGCCUUGAAUGCCAACCAUCUGAUUCGAGAGAGCGAAACGUACGAUGAGUCUCGCUUGACUGCCGCAGCGCUGCAAGCACUAUACCAUGAGCUCCUGGUUGAAGAGAAAAGUGCCCAGGCUCCUCCUGCGGUGAAUGGCGACAGCGGACCAAAUGGCACAAAUCCGCGAAAGCGGAAGCUAUCCACCUCGCCAGCUCCCACCCCAGCUCCGGCCGAAGACGACGACAGAGAUGAACAGAGACUACUCCAAGCACUGGUGGACAAGCUCUAUGCGCGCUUUAGGGAGAACACCAUAAAAGAAAUUCACCAGGAAGAGGAAGAGUAUCUCAGAUUGCAGGCUGAAAUCGAGGAGCUGGAGAAGGCUGAAGAGGAUAAUAAGAAGCGGCAAACCGAGACUGAAGGAGCGAACAAGGCGCAUGUUCAACCGUUGAACGCGACUGCAGAGACCACCCCUAAGCCGCCAGCAGUUCAGAGCAGUACUGAUGCCGCAACCGCUGCGCUGCCUACUAGUCUCGAGACCCAGAGAACCGAGCAGAUCGCGUCGAGUGCGACAAGCACUCCAGCAGCAGAUGCAGAGGCCUCGCCUGCAUCCAUUCGCAGCAGCAUACAGCAACCUGUGGCAGCUGCUCGUUCUCCCGCGCCCACAACACCCAUCAUUGCUCCAAAAGUGUCAGUAGAACCUGCUCCGCUGAGACCGUCGCAACCACCUUCGGCACACCCUCCGCAGCAGUCGCCAGGAGCGUUUCACCGUACUCUUCCGGUCCCUUCGCCUCAACGACCACAUUAUGGCGCUAUCAACCCACAGCACUUUCAACCUGGUCCUCAGGGUCAACCUGUACCGGUAUUACCGCAAUAUGCGGGAGCCCCUCACAUGCCUCCCCCUGCAGAAUUUCCUCCUCAGAAACGCGGAGCUUCGGCCUCUGGCCAAGGGAGAGGCUCGCCCGUUCCAAUGCAGCAGCCUCAGCAACCAUAUCCGGGAUAUGCUGGGUAUCUUCAACAACCUCCCUGGCCCCAUAUGCCUCCUCAAUACCCUCAGCCUCCGCCAUACUCCAACCCGCCAUAUUACAUUCAAUCGCCGACUGGGCGGCCUGCAAUACCAUAUUCAACUCCACAUCAUCCAGGAUAUGCUCCAUAUCCUCAAGGCGCUCCCAUUCACUACCAAGGGCAGCCUCCCCAUCCUCAAAUAUGGCCCUCACCACAACCCGGUCAACCAUACUAUGGCUAUCCCAGUGCUGCGAACGUGACACCGGCUUCUAGAAGCGACUCGCGGCAAUCACCGCAAAGGGGGAGAUCGUCAACUCCGUGGAAGAAACGUUCUCAACUAUCGAGUGGUGUUCGACCACCUAGUCCAACUCGGCCAGAGCGUGAGGUUAGUCCGCUUACGGACACAGAAUCACCAACUCGGACAACAAGGGGCAGAAAAUCUCCCGGCAAGACAGAUGGAAAGGGCGAGGAAAGCAGCAUAUCCGCGCGAGAAGUCGCACAACCAGCUAGAGGCCGACAAGCAACAAGCGCAACCCCGAGCGCAUUUGCCGGGUCACGAUCACAGUCCCUUGCUUCAUUUACGUCAGAUACGCCCACAGAUAAGCGCAAGAAGGGUGGACAGGCUCAAAAGAUCAAAGCCGAACCCAGCACUCCCGCUCCGAUACCAUCGGAUACAGAGCCGCAAACCCACAGGACCAGCAGUCGACGUGGAAGACCUCGAACAAGUACUGCAACCUCUAAAACCGAUCUGAUACAACCAAUCACCGCUUCAAAUAAACGCAAACGUUCAGUUGACCGCGACUCUACAACUCCCCCGGCUUCACUUCCGGCACAGUUACCAUCCCCAGCAGCCGCUACCACGGCACCUUUACACGCUCAACCAUCUGUGCGCCGCCAAAUUUCUCUUUCACUGUCACACGAUCCCUCACUCAUUAAUGUGUCCAAGAACUUCGCGAAAACAGCUCUGCUCUUGCUGAAUGAGAUUGUCUCUCACAAACUCGCGAGCAUCUUUGCCAAGCCACUUUCCGAGCGCGAUGCACCGGGAUAUAAAGAUCUCGUGUUGAAACCUCAGGAUCUGAAGAGCAUCAAGGCGGCUGUAACGAAAGGCGGGAAGGCAGCCUUGGCAGCGAUUGAGGCGUUUGAAGAGAGAACAGGAAGUAAAUCUGCAGGAGGAAACGAGGGAGAUGGUGAACAGGCCUCUAAGAGCGGUGCUACUGCAGCUGUGACAACAACACCGACUAUAGCAUCGGAUGUGAACUCGGUAGGGGGGGAACGGGCACUGGGAAAUGGCGUCUACAUCCUGAGAGCAACAGAAGACCUCGUCCCUCCCAAAGGGAUAGUGAACUCGUCGCAGCUCGAGAUGGAGCUUGUCCGUGUGUUUGCAAACGCAGUCAUGUUCAACCCUUUACCCAGCUCAGAGCGAGGGUUCGGCCGCUCUCUGCGCCUAAGGAAAGGAGGCGGGGACGUCGCUCUCCCCUUUAAAGAGGUGGAGGAAAGAGAUGGCGAUGCAGGAGCGGCAGAGAGCGAAGAAUCAGACGGAGGCAGCUCUGGCGAGGAGGGUGGCAUAAUCUCUGAUACACGAGAGAUGUUUGAGGACGUGAUGACCACGGUUAGGAAGUGGAAAGAGCUUGAAGUUGAGAGACUUGGAAACGUGGGCGCUGGGUUGAGCACAGAGAUUGAUCACACAGCAACUACUCCACUUCCGUUCGUGUCAAAGUCGGCAAUUCAAGCCCCAGCACAGGGGAGUAGCGGUGGAUAUGGGAGUGCGAGUGCGAGCGUCGUGAUCAGCGCAAACCCGAGCCUCAGACACUCUGAGAGUGUCGAGAAGGACGAUGAAGGAGCCGCUCCGAGUACACCUGCGGCAUCAGGAACAGGAACGGCCAGGAAAAGGAGGCGCAUUGCCGACAGUUAG